AUCUAACCUAACUUUUUUUUUUGUUGCUACAUGUUACAUUAUUUUUGAUUAUUUAAUGAGAAAAUUCAAACUAAAUUGACAAUUAAUUUUAUCUUCAGUAAAUAAAUUAUCUCUAGUCUAGUUCUCAACGACUUGACGAUGACAUUGUAAAUUUGUUAAGUACCAUUUGUGAUUCUUCUGAAGUUAAAACAACAUUACCUAAUUUAAAGAAUCUAUACCUCUGCGACAAAACUAGAAAACAGGGCAACCUUCAGACAUCAGAAGACAACAUUUUUGAUAUGAAUUCUAAAGCUACAUUUGCUAUCUUAACUGUGCUAGUAGGAUGUAUGUUAAAUAAUGUAUUUCUGGAAUACAUUAUCAAGUUGGACCCAGGAGCAGGUCACUUAAUAACAUUUUUGCAGUUUCUUUUUAUAGCAGUUCAUGGAUUCAUAUAUACCUCAAAGUUUGGCACUGUUAAACCAAAAGUUCCUUUGAAAGAAUAUUUAAUUCUAGUUACAUUUUUCUUUAUCACCAGUGUUAUAAACAAUUGGGCAUUUGCUUUCAAUAUUCCCGUACCUCUACAUUUUAUAUUCAGAGCUGGAUCUCUUAUCGCAAAUAUGAUAAUGGGGAUUUUCAUUUUAAAGAAGAAAUACACAGUGGAUAAAUAUAUAUCAGUAUUAAUGAUAACAGCAGGGAUUAUUAUUUGUACUCUAUCUUCAUCCAAAGAUGUCGGAAAGAGUUGUACUGACUGUGAUAUUAAGAGUAACAUAGGAAUAUCAGCUACAUCACAUCAAGAUGAAGCUGUAGAUGCAAAUCAAUUCUUUUGGUGGCUGGUAGGCAUUUUGCUGCUGACUGGCGCUUUGCUUCUGUCAGCUAGGAUGGGCAUUUACCAAGAAACACUUUACAAAGUUCAUGGAAAACAUCCCGAAGAGGCUUUGUAUUAUACUCAUCUCUACUCACUUCCUGGAUUUUUAUUGUAUGCCAGCAGUAUUUGGGAACAUUCGCUUAUCGCAAGUAACAGUGACCCUGUCCAAAUUUCUUUUCUUAGUGCUAGCACUGCAGUGCCAAUUAUUUGGAUUUACUUACUCCUAAAUGUUCUGACCCAAUACCUGUGCAUCAGUUCUGUAUAUGUAUUAACUACAGAAUGUGCCUCUCUUACUGUAACGUUAGUAAUUACUUUAAGGAAAUUUUUGUCUUUAGUGUUUAGUAUUGUAUAUUUUCAAAAUCCAUUUACUUUGGCUCAUUGGUUUGGUACUGGUUUAGUUUUUGGUGGCACCUUACUGUUUGCUGAAGUACCAAAGAGAAUUAGAGCUCACAUAAAACCAGAAGGAAAAAUUGAAAAAGUUCAAUAGACAAUUCAAUUUUGUUGUUCUAUCUAGUCCAUUGAGGUUAGUGUUUUUGAAAUAUGUUUAAAGAAAUUAAUAGCAAUAGUUAGAUCAAUUUCAAAUUGUUUGUAUGUUAAUACAAACCAUAAUGUUGUAUUUUUUUUCAUUUUUGACCAAUUAGAUUAUAUAUUUUUGUUAGAAUAUAUAAUGUUAUGUUAUUGUUGGUAAUAUGUAUGAAGUACAUGUAAUAUACAGGGUAUCCAAAUAAGGGUACGGAGCAGUUGUAUCCCGACAAUGGUAAUAAAUAAAUAAAUCGAGAAUGGAUGGAAAUAUCGCGAUGCGGCUUAAACUAACAUUCACCUAAUUUUAUGAGGGGUUAGGAUCUGUCAAGAAAAUAGUAUCAUUCCAUUUAACUUGUUUUCCCAAAAAAAUCACAAAAAUGUGUAAUUGUUGCGGAUAACGCCCGUGGAUUAUUUGUUUUUAAAAUAAACUAAACGGUUCAACAAAAAAUGACUUUUAAAAGACCAUAAAAUACUUUCAAACGAGACCAAAAAUAUUAGAAAUUGAAAAUGAAGAGAAAGUUAAGGAAAAUUACUGUUGUUGUAACCAACAAAACUUCAUUUCCUUUCCUUUCAAAAAUAUUAGAAUUAGUUUAAUGAUUCGGGAACUAAUGAGAUGUAAAUAUUCAAAUAUGCAUUGGCGUCUUCCUCCCUUAUUAUGACAGAUGCAAAAAUAUGUUGCAAGGCAAAAUGAUGCGGUAUUACUCAACUGGUGUUUUCAAAGUUAUAGCUCAUCUUUUGACUUUCCUAGAUAACGUGAAUUUUAUGUUUCUUUAUAGCAGUGACGCCCCCUAUCGGUCGAAUUCCGAACUUCAAAAUAAUUUAUGGCCAUUUCUCUUUCCCACUUUGUUCAUAAGGAUUUUCCCCAAACCUCUAGGCCUUACCAUUGUCGAGAUACAGCCGCUCUGUGCCUGGUACAAUUAUUGGGCAAAAUACUUGUUGAAACGAUUUUAAUAAUAAAUCCAUGGUGUAAUUAGUAAAGAAUAAGUAUUUACAAUGUUAAUUCCAACAAGGUUCACUUGAAACUUAGUUUAAAUAUUUUCCUUACAAAUUUCAUUUUUAACUUUUCCCUGGACCAUCUAUAAAAAAUUACGUUUGACGCGGUGCUAAGAUAUCUACCUAUCCCAGCAAAUGUUUUCAAAAACUGUAACAAUUUUGUCACUUUUGAGUGAAGGAUCUAUGAUUGUGUGCAGAGGUAUUAAAUGAAAAACGAAUUCAUGGAUCACUUUCUUUUAUAAAGUCUUUCGAUUAUUAUAAAACUAAUGACCUAAGAGUGUUAAGUUUACAUCUGCUCCCUAUUUUGACACUCAGCAGUCGCAGAUAUUUUUUACUGUCAUCCUUUUAUGUCACAAAUGGGGUUUCUGCACACUACCUGAUAUCGUGGAUUUUCUAUCUCGAGUUUUGGCACUAAAGCCGUAUCAUAUAGCGAGAAUUUGCCAGCGGCAAAUAUGCGAACUAAGAUUUCUAUCUCGCUCUAUUCCAUUGCAACUGUGUAUUUCCAUAUCGUUUUUUCCUCCCCCUUCACCUUAGACCAAAACGCACUUUUCACAUUUGCCAACCUUCACCUAUCAGAAAUCAUGCAUAUACAUUGCAAACAAUGCAAGAGUAAAGGUUCGUAUUUUUAAUAAAAAAAUAUACAUUUUCUAGGUUUACCUGGAAGCGAUUUUACUAAAUAUAAACUAUUACAGCACAAGACACGCCCCCAUUUUAGUAAUCGCAAAAUAUAAUCGCUCUCAGCGCGAUUUUGCUAAAUAUAAACUAUUAGAGCACAAGAGACGCUAGCCCUUGACGUAAUUGCAAAAUAUAAACGCGCUCUGCACAUUCCUGCAAAAUCUAAUCGUUUGUAGCAUGACGUGGCGGAUCUAACCUCAAAUUGUACUUGUUGUUAGAAGGUAAUUAUUAUUGUUAGUGAUCCCAUUAAGAAAUAUUUAAAAUAUUUCCCCUUAAACUGAUAAUUCAGCACUUAAACUAGGGAGCAAAUAAUUUUCAAACACACACAUUCCAUUUAAAUGUUUAUGUCAACAUAGUCUAUUAUAGAACUCUGCAAACUUAUUAGUGGGGUUUUAAAGUGUAACGCUUCUGGUUAUAGGAGAAGGACAUAUACAGUCACGUUAUUAAAAUAGGUAGGUAUGCAAUAUUAGGCAGUAUCCUAAUAUUAGGCGCCUUUCCUCUACAUGUGCCAUCACAACAGCUUUAAUAAUAAUAAUAAAUAAAUAAAUAAAAUAAAGGAAAACUAUUAAAAGUUCAGCCGACUGCUCGCAGUAGAAGGAAGAUACAAAAUGUUAAAAUGGGAGGAAAGAGAAUUCAAAGUGGGCGCCCCAUUUAUAUGAAUCAGCCACGUUGUGCUGUCAUCGAUUGGAUUUUGCAGGAUUGUGCUGAGCUCGAUUAUAUUUUGCAAUGCUAAUGUCUCUUGGUGCUCUAAUAGUUUAUAUUUAGUAAAAUCGCGCUGAGGCCGAUUAUAUUUUGCAAUGACGAAGUUGGGCGAUUUUCUUGUGCUGUAAUAGUUUAUAUUUAGUAAAAUCGCUACCUGGAAGGAAAUAAUGCAGAAAAAUUAUCGAAAAAAUUCUUCCUAAAAAACUACUUCUGGGGUAGGUACUUAUAAUGCAAGGUCAGAAAAAAGUUAAAUAAAAAUUCACUUUCUGCAAAGACUUUGUGGAAUUUCCGAAUCUUGCUAUCCAUUUAGUUUUAUGAUAUAGAGUUAAUUGACUUGGGAUCUUCUCUAUCACCAUAAUAAUUAAGUGGUAAGAUCGGUUCCAAAGACUACCAGGUCAUAACCUGUUCUGUUUACUCAAGAAUGAGCUAAGAAAUGUCACCAAAAUAAGUAAUGUUUUUUUAUUUGUCAAGAUAAUCUUGAUAUCAUUCCAUUAAGUAAGUUCAUUAAGAAAAGGAGUAUAUUGGAGAAAUGGUUUGUCAUCAUAGAAUACUUAUCUUCAACAGAAUAUUACUUACUAUAAAGCAUUCCUAUGAAUCCUGUAGAUAUUAAGAUAUUGCAGCAUUAGUACCAUUGGUAACUCCUACCAUGUAAACCUAAACGAAAAGUAUAUCAACAAGUUCUAAUCAAUUCUAUUUAUUUUUUUAGUAUAGCGACAUACAUUUUACUGUUUGAUUGAUUUUGAUAUGUUAUAUCAUUCACAAGUAUACAAAUGAAAAAAUAGUUAAUCUAGUAAAUACUUUUGAGCUUUACCUUGGUUUGAAAAAAAAAACAUUUACUGAAGAGUUCACAUGAUUGAAUAAAUUUUAACAUUAAAUUUUAUUUGAAUUCCGAC